CAUAUGAUUAACGCUAAUUAGAAUUUAGCAUUUGGUCGAAGAGUUUCUUUCAAUAUGGCGGCUUGCGCUGUUUUUCUCAGCUUGGCUUUUAUUUUGGGAAUCGAAACCAAUGCUGUUUCUUUGAAGCUUUCUACGUUUCUAACAUCUUACAAGAAGUGCUUACCGACGUCUGUGGAACGAGGCCCCUGUCACACCUGUAUCUGCACUGAACACGGCUACUACAAUUGUAUCCCGUUAUUCGAAAGCACCUGCAAGAACGAACAACUUAAAACCAAAGAUAUAAUACACAAUCAUAAAAAUUCAUGUAAUGCACAAAUGAGAUACGUUCAAGGAAAUUUAAUAUGUACAUGUUCUAAAAAUGGAGAAUGGAUGUCUGGGAAUUGCAUGAAAAAUUUUCAGUACCUAAAAUCCGUACAUCAUCUACGAAAAGGCAAUUACGAUGGUUUAGCACAUGCCAACUUUACAUGCACUCCAGAAAAAUAUUAUUUGGUUGAAUGCAAUGUGUGCUUGUGCCCUGUAACAGGCAAAAUGACAGCAGAUAAUUGUACAAAAAGGUAUUGCAAAAAAGGGUACAAAUCUGAAUCAUGCAAACCGGGUCAAUUUUUGCGAUUACCAAAUGAGAUUUGCACUUGUAGUGCAAAUGGAUAUUACAUUGAUCGCCUGUGCUUAAAAAUUGCCAACUUCCGAAUCCAAAGAAUAAUUGACAAGGAAUUAGCAGUGAUCUCUGACACAUCAUCGUUGCGAAGUCAAAUAAUGGGGAACGAAAUUUGCCAAAAGAAUCAGAUAUACCAAUCAGAUUGUAAUUUCUGUCAUUGUAAUAAUGUUGGGGUUUUUGUCUGUACGUCUAAACUGUGCACAGUUGAUAGCCCAAGGAAGUCGUUGAGAUAUAGUAUGAGCACUGGAGGUCCCAAAAAUAAUGCUGGUGCAAUACAACUGCCAGAACUUGAAAAGUUGGACCAGAAAUGUGAGCCCGGAGUGCGAUAUCGACACAAAUGCAAUAAAUGCCAAUGUUCAGCGAAUGGCGUUCCAAUUUGCACCACCAUGCUAUGCGUUGGAGAUUUUACCUUGACAAAAAUGACUAAUACACAAACCACAAGAGCCAAUAAAUAAACUUAGAAUGAUAUUUUUUACUAUUGUCGAAUUUUGUUUCAUAGAUUAAGAGAUUUUAUUGUUAUUUCAUUCCCUACUCUUUAGUAGCUUUUUCUGUUAAGACCCUCUUUCUGACUCUCUUUUGAUUUGAGAGUACAGUGUUCAUUUGUAAUUUAAUAUUACUAUACUUUUGUUCGUUUUACAUUUAAAAAACUUUUCAGUUCUAUAAUCUGUGUGUAAAUGUGAACUCUUGUAGUUAGUAUUGUGAUACCCAUGACUAACUUGACAUAAUUUUAGCCAAUGAUACCACUACCACGAUCAAUACGAAACCUAAUAUUCAAGACAUUCGAGACAUAAAAGAAGGCGAAAAUUGCACUCAAGGUCAAGUAUACAAAGUCAAUUGUAAUACAUGCCGUUGCGGUCCAUCCA